AUACAAAGGCGUUGUUCAAGUCAGCAUCAUCCAGUUUCCAGCUGUAGUGAUAGCACCGCCCUUCCGGAAGGCUCUAACAGACACGCAUACCCUCUGUGACGACGAGCUAUGAUAUCCUGAUCGAUCGUAAGUCGUCGAAUCACAGAAGAGUUGCGUGUUGCGACAAAACGCUCCAUAAAUUGAAGAUAAUCGAGGAUCUGACCGGAAGAACGUGGCAGCCAUGUCGUUUCUCAGGUCCAUCGGUGAUUUGAUCGGUUUUCUGAUCCUCACCGUGGUGUCGAUCGCCGAGAGCAUCGUUAAAUUGUUCAUACCAAUGAAAUAUAGAAUGAAAAGCAUUGCUGGGGAGAUCGCGUUGGUCACUGGGGGCGGCGGAGGUCUGGGAAGGUUGAUCGCCCUCAGAUUGGCCAAACUGGGCGCCAUCGUGGUCAUCUGGGACGUUAAUAAGAUUGGCACAGAGGAAACGGUCAAGCUGGUGGAGGCUAUAGGUGGCACUUGUUAUGGUUAUGUCUGCGACCUAUGUGACAGAGAAGAUGUUUAUAAGAAAGCAAAACUGGUUAAGGAAGAAGUUGGGAAGGUGACCAUUUUGAUAAACAACGCCGGUGUGGCGAGCGGCAUGAGGUUUAUAGACACGCCGGACAAGCUCAUUAUCCGCACGAUGGAUGUAAACGUAAUGAGCCACUUUUGGACGACAAAGGCAUUUUUGCCUUCCAUGAUGGAGAGCAAUAAAGGACAUAUCGUGAGCAUUGCUAGCCUGGCUGGGCAUUUAGGUGUACCACGAUUAGUGGAUUAUUGUACGUCGAAGUUUGCAGCUAUUGGAUUUGAAGAGGCUCUUCAUAUGGAAUUAGCGGCUGAAGGGUACAAUAUUAAUACCACGGUGAUAUGUCCAUUCUUCAUUCGAAGCACAGGCAUGUUCGAGGACGUUUCGCCUAGAUUUUUUCCAAGGCUCAGCCCGAACGAAGUGGCCGACCGAGUUGUGUCCGCCAUGAGAUGCAAUGAGAAGAUCGCCGUUGUGCCUGGUUACCUUUAUAUUCUUCUCGUUGCAAAAUGGGCCUUUCCAUGGACUGUCGCGGGAAUGUUCAUCCGCGGUAUAGUCUCGAACACACUCGGUUGCAACACAACAACAACUCCUGCCCCUAAGAAAGAAGUGAUUCCCACUGUGUUACCCAAAAAAUCUGACACCGUGAACAUUCACCAGCAAUUAACCAAACGUAUCUCCAAUUCCGAGAGGAAACCUUAAUCUCGUGUUCAAUCUGUUCGCAAGAAACAUAUCCCAGAUCAUAUUUUCUAUCGUUUUCCUUGGUCUCAGUUAAACAACGCGCCUGUAGGAAUUAUGGAACUUUCUAGCGAAUAUUCGUAUCAAGUAAUAUCGAUAACGGUCAUGUUAUUACGAAGUACACUUGUGCAAAACUCGUUUCAAAAAUGAGCUUGUUCC